AUGGUUCGACACACGCGCGCCUCGGCUGGUCUCAUCAAUUCGAAUGUCGCGGAAAUUGCGAAUGUUGAGACUUCAAAGACUCGACGUUCUCAUAGAAAGUCCCGCAAGGGUUGCACCGAAUGCAAGCGUCGCCAUAUCCGCUGCGACGAGCGACAACCAUCGUGCGCAAACUGCGAGAUUGCUGAGCGCACUUGCGUCUUCCCGCCGCCAAAGGUUGGCAAGCAGAAACGGAAGCUGAGACAGAGUCGGAAUGAAGAGCAACAAUCACAACAAGCAACAGCUGCGUCAACUCCCGACUCCCAAGUGAGCAGUCAAACCAAUACCAAUAACAUCGACAAUGCGGGAGGACUCGACGCCAAUUCUCACCAGAUUCCAUCUCCGGCCUCACCUUUACAGCCAGGCGAGGAGCACACUCCACCCGCCGACUGCUGUCCGGGCUUAUCAAGUAUACCGGGCUUCGUAACCACCAAGGCCAUCUUCACGUCUGAACACAUGGUUCUGCUGCAACACGCUGAUAAAGUGCCAAACUUCACCGGUCCCAACCGCAGCGUAGUUGACAUCGCCGUCCGUCGCGCCGUCGACUCACCCUACCUCCUCGAUGAGGUCCUCGCCUUCACAGCCUUUCACAUGGCUUACCUGUAUCCCGGAUCAGCCAUACAACUCCGCCAUCUCGCGACGGAACUCCAGACCCGUGCUCUCGCCUCCUUUACUCGCCUCACGGAAACGGUUCCCAAUGACGACAAGGCUACUGCAGUCCCUCGCUUCCUCUUUUCGGGCAUCUUGGGCAGACACGUCCUUGCUGACACGCUCACCCACUAUCGCUCUGAUUUUCACUCAUUCAUCGACCGCUUCGUUGAAUGUUUCAAUCUUAAUCGCGGCAUCAGAGCCGUCACACCACCGGCUCGGCACUUUCUGAACAACUCCGAAAUGAAGCCCUUCCUCGACGUUGUACUCAAGGCACAUGCAAGAAUUACUUCGCCGGGAAACGAGUGCGAUCCUCUCAACCAACUCAUGGAUCGCUCUGAUCUCAGCGAGACCAGCACACAAGCCUGUCGCGAAGCCAUUGGAGUUCUCCAGUGGUCAUUUGAUCUCCUUCACGGCCUCGAUGAGGACGAAUUCCCGCAAUCCGCCUCAGCAUUCUCCGUCAAGAUAGAGGCCAGCUUCGUGGACGUCCUGCGCAAGUACCGACCCGAGGCCCUCAUCAUCCUUGCCUACUACGGUGUCUUAUUGCACCGGUGUCGUAGCUUUUGGGCCUUUGGUGAUGCCGGUGCCUUCCUGAUUCGCUCCAUUUCCAGUUAUUUAGGCAGCUACUGGCAAGAGGCACUCGUAUGGCCCCUCCAUGUGCUCGAAACGGAUCCCAAUUCGCAGUCGGUAACUCCAGUGCCGAGACACGAUGCUCUCGCAAGACCGUGA